AUGACGGACGCUGCGCCACGACCGCCCGACAGUGACGGUGACGGCAGCCAGCAGCAGCGGGGCAGCCUCGACGACGAGCUCCUCGGCCGGCUCGUCCCGGCAGACAGCCUCGAGUCGCUCAUGACCAUGCGCCACUCAAUGUCACUGACAUCCGACGACGCACAAGAAGCAGAGGCCCAGGCACAGGCGCAGGCUCUGCAGCAGGCACGCAGCGACUCGCCAGACUCGGUGCUGCGGCUCGACAUUUCCGCACCGACCGGCAUGGACAGCGUCGCACCGCUCUUCCUGCCGCCCGCUGACAUGCUCCUCGAUUUCACAGCGCCAUCCUCGUCCGAUCCGUCGUCGUCGUCGUCUGCAGCGGCUGCAGCGGCGGCGGCAGCGGCAGCAGCAGCAGCAGCGUCUGCCUCGUCAAUGGUGGACGCUGGUGCGUUUGGGUUGAUUCCCCUGCCGUUCGCGCUGGACGCACAUCUCGUCUCUCCUAUUGCACACCCACACCUAGGCCACGGUGGUGAGCCUGCCUCCUCCGCGCUGAGCAACAUUGGCCGCCUUGCAGACUCGCCAGCGGAUUCACCGUCGCCCUCCGCUGACGUCUAUAUUCCAGUGCGCAGCACGCCUGGCGCGGGCAGUCUCGCUGGCUCGCCCGUCACGCUCUUUGCUAAGCCGCCGUCUCCGCCGCUGCCACGGCGCAACGAUUCGGGGGACAAUCUGCUCGAGCUGGUGAACGACACGACCAACCACUUUGACAUGUCGAUGCGCAUGGCAUUGCACCAACAACAAGACCAAUCGCCGCUGUCGUCACCCGUCAAGCUAUCGCCGUCAAAGCACUCGCGUCCUCAGGCUCUUCAGUUCCCUCUCGACGACUAUCCAAUAGAAUCCGCGCCGCACGAGUCGCAAUCGCCCAAGAAAUCGCGAUCGAGCCCAUUGCCCUCGCCACGGCGCACAAGCUCUCCCCCGCCCCAGAACGCCGCCGCUGCUGCUGCAUUCUUUGACGAUCUGCCAGUCGGCUCACCGGGACGGCGGCUCAGCGCAGCAUCCAUGCUCCCAUACUUUCCU